GCAAUAGUCUGGGAUGAGUCCCUGACAGGACCGUUCGGCCUGAUCGCACAGUACUCUCUACUGAAGGAGCAUGAAGUGGAGAAAAUGUUCACGCUGAGAGGAAGCCGCUUGCCGGCCGCCGACGUCAAGAACGUCAUUUUCCUUGUCAGACCCAGGCUAGAGCUGAUGGACGUCAUCGCUGAGAACGUGCUCAGUGAAGACAGACGAGGCCCCACGAGGGACUUCCACAUUUUGUUCGUGCCGCGCCGCAGUCUGCUGUGUGAACAGCGGCUGAAGGAUCUGGGCGUGCUGGGAUCCUUUAUUCACAGGGAGGAGUACAGCUUAGAUCUCAUUCCAUUCGAUGGGGAUCUCCUAUCCAUGGAGUCCGAGGGUGCUUUCAAAGAGUGCUACCUGGAGGGCGAUCAGACGAGCCUGUACCACGCGGCCAAGGGGCUGAUGACCCUGCAAGCUCUGUACGGAACGAUCCCCCAGAUCUUCGGGAAAGGAGAAUGCGCUCGGCAAGUGGCCAACAUGAUGAUCCGGAUGAAGAGGGAGUUUACAGGCAGCCAAAAUGCGAUAUUUCCUGUGUUUGAUAACCUCUUGUUGCUUGAUCGAAACGUGGAUUUAUUAACGCCGCUCGCCACCCAGCUGACGUAUGAGGGACUCAUCGAUGAGAUUUACGGCAUCCAGAACAGUUAUGUGAAAUUACCCCCAGAGAAAUUCGCUCCUAAGAAACAGGGUGAAGGCGGGAAGGAUCUCCCCACGGAAGCAAAGAAGCUUCAGCUGAACUCUGCGGAGGAGCUUUAUGCCGAGAUCCGAGACAAGAACUUCAACGCUGUGGGCUCCGUGCUCAGCAAGAAGGCGAAGAUCAUCUCUGCGGCCUUCGAGGAGAGGCACAACGCUAAGACGGUGGGGGAGAUUAAGCAGUUCGUGUCCCAGCUGCCCCACAUGCAGGCAGCACGAGGCUCGCUGGCCAACCACACCUCCAUCGCAGAGCUGAUCAAGGACGUCACCACUUCUGAAGACUUUUUUGAUAAAUUAACAGUGGAACAGGAGUUCAUGUCUGGAAUAGACACUGACAAGGUCAACAAUUACAUCGAGGACUGUAUCGCCCAAAAGCAUCCUCUGAUCAAGGUGUUAAGACUGGUCUGUCUCCAAUCUGUAUGCAACAGUGGACUCAAACAGAAGGUUUUAGAUUAUUACAAAAGAGAAAUUCUCCAGACCUACGGCUACGAGCACAUCUUGACCCUGCACAACCUGGAGAAGGCUGGGCUGCUGAGGGCGCAGGCGGGCGGCAGGAACAACUACCCGACGAUUCGGAAAACGCUGCGCCUCUGGAUGGAUGACGUUAACGAGCAGAACCCCACGGACAUAUCCUACGUGUACAGUGGGUACGCGCCGCUCAGCGUGCGGCUGGCGCAGCUGCUGUCCCGGCCCGGCUGGCGGAGCAUCGAGGAGGUCCUCCGCAUACUCCCGGGGCCCCACUUCGAAGAACGGCAGCCCUUGCCCACAGGACUGCAAAAGAAACGCCAACCAGGAGAAAACCGAGUCACCCUGGUAUUUUUCCUCGGGGGCGUCACCUUUGCUGAAAUCGCUGCCCUGCGAUUCCUCUCCCAGUUGGAGGAUGGAGGGACCGAGUACGUGAUCGCCACCACCAAGCUGAUGAACGGAACCAGCUGGAUGGAGGCGCUCAUGGAGAAGCUGAGCUAGGCGGAGGGGCUGCUGCCAGGCGCCGGCCGCCGGGGGGAGUUGCCGAGGGGAAGUGAAAGCUCGAUAGAAGAAACAGAAACCUGGCAUUUCCUCUGGGACCAGCUUCCGGAAUUAUUCCCGUCUCCUCCUUCCUGCUUCUCUUUUGUGUUCCUGAUUUCUUGAAGGAGAGCAGAGAACCAGCCUGAGCAGGGGAAACUCGGGCUUUGAAUUUUCCAAGCUGAGGAUGUUCAUCAGAGGCCCCUGGAAAUACAGGAAGGACGGGGGGAGGGAUAAGCCCGCAGCCCGCAGAUGGCGCCGCUUCUGCAAAUAAGCAGAGACUGAGGACGGAGACGUGAAAGUCAAGCGGGGAGUGCAGCCCCCGGUACGCAGUGCUGUGUUUCUGGAAGGUGGGCACGUGCUGCCCAGGACAGGGGUUACGUGUUGGGGCCAAACAUGACGUCACUGAGCUGAGCGA